AUGAGCAGUACCGUUAUCGACUACUCCUUCAAUGAUUUACCCUUCCUACCACUGGAGCAUGAGGAUGAUACAUUCGCAGGCAAUGUGGGUGUACUCCAAAGUACGCUAUUCGCUACUCUCCAACCUCUUACAAGACUAGGAUGGGUGGAGGCUCAAACUCAUUGGCUCGCCCUAUUCUUCGAG